GCAGUUGAUACUAAAGCACUCAAUCGUAGUACUUUACAAAGUUUUGUCGCGUGUACUUCACUGUAUUUAGCAAAUUUUAUCGACAGUGGUCGUAGAAAUGCAGAUACUCUCUUUGAAUUUCUUGCUAUAUACCAUUGGUGGUGUAUGGCGACCAAUCGAGUGGUCUUCAACUCGUUCCAAGUUGUUGUAUAACUUGUUUACCUUCUACGUGAUAUGCUCGUUAAUGUUUCUGCUUGUAACUGAACUGCUGAAUAUCCUUUUCGUUGACAAUAUAGACGACUGUAUUAUGAUCCUCAUGAUUCUUCUUUCAAUUGUUAGUUGUAUAUGCAAAAUGUUUAUAGUUAUAAUUCGUCGCGAUAAAAUAAUUAAUAUAAUCGGAACACUGCGAGAAAAACCAUGCAAAGCUUGCACCGAAGAUGAGAUGGAUAUCCAACUAAAAUUCGAUCGUUUAAUCAGGUCACAGUCCAUAAGCUAUCUGCUGUUAGCAUUGCUUUCUCUACUCGGCGGUAUGAUAGGUGCGAUACUUGAGACUUUAGAAGGCACAUUACCCUACAAAAUUCGGGUACCUUAUGAUUGCAGUUCGUUGCUGUCACUCUGGCUUACAUCUCUUCAAGAGAACAUUGGUAUGAUUAUGGGCACAUUUAUAAAUGUCGCUACGGAAACCUCAAUUAUGGGAUUUUGCUUACAAAUGUGCGCACAAUUUGAAAUCCUUAAACAUCGUCUUCAAAGAAUGGUGAAUCCUACAGAAGAAAUUCCCGAACAUUUCCAGGCUCAUAUGCCAAAGAAAACGAGCAGAUUGUCAGAACACAUUUGUCACCACCUGGUCAUAAUCAGAAAUGUCAGAAUGGUCAACGACAUAUUCAGCGUAGUGAUCUUUAUCCAGUUUUUCGCCAGCAUAUUAAUAUUGUGUACAAGUUUGUACUUUGUAUAUUCUCAUACAAUCGCAGACGUAGCCCCAUUCAUAAUCUACGCAUUUUGCAUGUUUGUGCAAAUUUUUGUUUAUUGCUGGGCCGGGAACGAAGUUAUGCUUCAGAGUACAGGAUUAAGUGAAGGAGUAUAUGACAUGGAUUGGACAUUAAUGACAAUCAAUGAACGAAGAGAUUUACUGAUGAUUAUGAAGCGUAGCAUGAAAUCCAUUAAACUUACCAGUAGCUUUUUGGUGACAUUGUCCUUGGAAUCUUAUAGCAAUCUUCUAAAGACAUCUUACUCUGUGUUUAGUUUGCUGCAACAAACUUGAAAUGACUUUAUUAUUUUACAUUACACAAUGUGUGAGGAAUAUUAUUUCUUAACUUGUUGUUAAGAGACACUCAUAUUUACUGUUCACUAUAAAAGAUAAUCUUGCUGGUUGUAACGAUUAAAACGAACAAAUCAGUUGUAGUAUUCAUAUAAACGGCACAUAACAUUCAGCAAAUAAACUAUGAUAACUUCUACAUAA